UUUCUCUCUCUCUCUUUCUCUCUCUCUCUCUCUCUCUGUCUGAAAUCAGAUGCGGAAGUUUACACCCAUUGCGGAGUGGAGCUGCCGUCGCUAAAACGAAGAUGCGUGUUGGCAUGACAGUCGAGCUGUAGCGACGACGCACGAAGCGGCGCGUCGGUGACAGCGAGGCGGCGAGACCGCGAGAAAACCCCCACGGCCACCGCCGCUGAGCUGGACUUCAGACCCGCUCAUGGCUUCCUCAUUGAGCAGCGCAGAUCGACGGGCUUUCGCUCUGAAAAUCAACAGGCACUCUUCCGCGGAGAUCAGACGACACUUCAUUGGGAGUCAUGGCACUCCGAGCCACAGCCGAACCAACUCCAAUGCUUCGGCCACAGUGUCCCUCAUUGUGCCUCCGGCGUAUGAAGCGGUGGAGCCCUUGGACCUGGAGGAGUUCCUGUUGUCACAGUUAAGAAGCGGAGAAUCUGCCCUGAUGCAGGAACUUGGGGACUUUCCUGAUGAUGAUCUGAAGGUGGAGCAGGUGGAGAAGGAGUGUCGAACUAUUCGACACACCGUCCCGGAAGAUGGGGGGGAGUUAGACCCCCACGUAAGAGACUGCGUAAAGAGUUACGUCCAGCCGUGGCUUGUUGUCUCCAGAAGGUGCCAAGGGGAUGGCUGGAGUGCGUAUUCAGAGCGAGCUGGCUUGCACAAACUCCUUCGGAAACAGACCUUUGAGUCUGACUUUCAGCCAGAGAACCAGGAGAAACCGGUCAAGUCCCCAACUCUAGCGGCGCUGACUGAUGACUCUGGCCGCACGCUGACCUCCUCUGACUUUAACUUGCGCUGCUUGACCCCGGACCAGAGAGUGGAGGGUCUGCUGGCCUUUAGCAGCCACGAGGAGCUGGACCGCUUCAACCAGGAGGCAAGGCAGGGAAACAGAUACCCCGAAGUGUUCGCGCUUUACCCCCCAGCUGACGAGGAAGAUGCGGUAGAACUCCGGCCCAUUCCCGACUGCCCCAAGGAGCACAUGGGAGAGCGCAUACUGGUCCGAUGCCAGACCAUAAAGUUUGAAAUUGAGAUCGAGCCCCUGUUUGCCACCAUGGCCCUGUACGACCUGAAAGAGAGAAAAAAGAUAUCAGAGAAUUUCUACUGUGACCUGAACUCGGAACAGUUUAGGAACUUCCUGAAACCUCACACUCCACAUGUGGAUCAGUCCACGUUGGCCAGAUCGGCCAUCUUCUCCAUCACCUACCCUUCCCCAGAUAUAUACCUGGUCAUCAAGAUUGAAAAAGUUCUCCAACAGGGAGAGAUCGCCGAUUGUGCGGACCCCUACAUGGCAUUGAGGGAAAAUGAGUCUUCAAAGAACAAGGACAAGCUUGAGAAGCUGCGAGGCCAGGCGGAGGCUUUCUGCCAGAGGCUGGGCCGCUAUCGCAUGCCUUUUGCGUGGGCCACGGUUAAUAUUAUGGAAGUCGUCUCUACCGCUGCGAUAGACCGUGACGUCACAGACGCCGACAGCUUAAAAGGAGGUAAAGCCAGCAGCAUUGAUCGGAGGGCGCAGCUUCCCAGGAGGAACUCUGAACGUUACAGCACCAUCGAUGAACCAUUUUGUAACGUUUCCGCCUUCAAACCUGCCACCAUCACUAUCAGCACCAUCUUCAAACAGGAGGGAGAUCGUCUGAGUGACGAGGAUUUGCUGAAGUUCCUGUCUGAGAUUAAGAAAACCUCCACCCCACAGAGGAGAGUCAAGUUGAUACCAGGUUCCAUAAAACUGGACAUGUCUCCGGUCCACGACUCGCCACUGGCAUGCUUGUCCACUGAGCUUAUCCCUAUCAUACCCGUGGCCGAGAAAAACAUUCGUCCCAUUAAGGAGGUGCUGGAGUUUCCCUCCAGUGAGGUUUACGUCCCUCACAACAUUUACAGGAACCUGCUUUACGUCUACCCCCAGAGGCUGAACUUCGUCAACAGACUGACGUCGGCGAGAAACAUCUCCAUCAAAAUCCAGUUUAUGAGUGGAGAGGAUCCUUCCUGCUCUAUGCCCAUAAUCUUUGGAAAGUCGAGUGGCUCUGAAUUCCUCAAGGAAGUCUAUACGCCUGUUACCUACCAUAACAAGUCUCCAGACUUCUAUGAGGAAGUGAAGCUUGCUCUUCCGGCCCGUCUGACGGAGAGACACCACCUGCUGUUCACGUUCUUCCACAUCAGCUGCCAGCAGAAGCAGAACCAGAGUGGCAGCUGCGAGACGCUCAUCGGAUAUUCUUGGCUGCCCAUACUGAAUAGCGACCGACUGCAGACGGGUCAGUUCUGUCUUCCCAUCGUCUUGGAGCGACUCCCCGUCAAUUACUCUCUGCACACACCCGAGAAACUGCCUCCUCAAGCUCCUCCAGUCAAGUGGAUGGAGGGUCACAAAGGACUCUUCAACCUGGAGGUUCAGGCCGUAUCAUCUGUGCACACACAGGACAACCACCUGGAGCGCUUCUUCACCCUCUGCCAUGCGCUGGAGGGCGGUGCUACGUUCCCUCUGCGGGUCAGGGAGGAGAAGAUUCCAGAGAACAAGCUGGAGCAUGAGCUGAAGCUCAGCAUCAUAUCCCUGUCCUCGUCCAGUUUAGAGCCCCUGGUCCUCUUCCUCCACCGGGUGCUGGAUAAGCUCUUCACCCUCAUCAUGCAGCCCAUGGUCAUCGCUGGACAGACUGCCAACCUGGCCCAGAUUGCCUUCGAAUCAGUGGUGUCCAUUGUCAACAGUCUUCACAACAGCCAGGAGCUGAUCAGGGACCAUCAGGGAAGGAACUGCCUCUUGGCGACCUACCUGUACUGGGUCUUCCGUCUGCCCGACCCCCCUCGAGACGCGCAGAACGCAGGUUCAGGGGCCAUACCUACGGCAGAGAGCCGUUACAGCACCAUGGGCCGGGCCACGGCUGCCGCAGUGGGCAGUAUGCUCUUCAAUUCCAGGAUCCGUAGCAGCAGUAACCCAGACAUCCCCGGGCCUCACACUUCUGCCGAAGAUGCUGAGGUCAAAGACAUCCUCUCAGCUAAGGGCCACAACAACCCAGGCAGCCGCAUGUCCACCUAUGUGGAUGUAAACAACCAUCAGAACGCCACAGGAAGCACCAGGCCCUCCAACAGGAAGCAGUUUCACGAGGAGCUGGCCCUGCAGAUGGUCGUCAGUACCGGAGUGUGCAGGGAAAAUGCCUACAAAUACGCCUGGUUCUUCUUUGAGCUGCUGGUGAAAAGCAUGGCUCAGCACGUGUCUCAGCUGGACAAGAACAACGUUCCUCGAAGAAGUCGCUUCUCUGACCGAUUCAAAGACGACAUCACUACCAUCGUCUCCGUGGUGACGGCUGAGAUCGGGACCAUCCUCGUCAAGCAGCAGAAGGAGGUAGAGCAAGCGGAGAAAGUCAACAUAAGCCUGGCCUUCUUCCUCUACGACCUGAUGUCUCUCAUGGACCGAGGAUUUGUCUUCCAGCUGGUGAAAAACUACUGUAACCAGAUGUCAGCUAAGUGUGUUUCAUUGCCAACAUUGAUCAGCAUGCGCCUGGAGUUCCUGCGAAUCCUCUGCAGUCACGAGCACUACCUCAACCUGAGCCUCUUCUUCAGCAGCCCCGCGUCAGCCCCAGCCUCGCCGUGUCCAUCCAUCUCCUCGCAGAGUUCCGGUUCGUGUAGUUUCCAGGAGCAGCAGAGGAUCUUGGCGCUGUUUGACCUUUCUCAGGAAUUCAAGCAGCAACACUACCUCACGGGUCUGCUACUCACAGAACUUAGUGCAGCGCUAGACAUGGAGUCAGAGGGUGGAAAGGUCCAGAGAAAGGCAAUCAACGCCAUCUACAGCCUGCUGUGUUCCCAUGAUCUGGACCAUCGCUGUAUCAAACCUGAGGUCAGGGCCAAGGUUGCUGCUCUCUACCUCCCCCUGGUGGGGAUUAUUAUAGACUCCACCAACUACCUGGAUUUUACUGUUUCUGACACACGCGGCGGGAAAAACAAGGCGGGCGGACUGGAGGAUGACCUUGAAAACGUUCCGCCUAUCAAUCAGUCUGUUGCCAUGGCGAUUGCCGGGAACCCCUUCAACACGCUGGGACGAAAUGUUCUCGUUUCCAUGGCGUCCAUGCACGGUAAAUCCAUAGCCACCCUGGCAGCAGACACCAGUCGCCACCUGUUGGUGUGUUUCCUGUGGGUGAUGAAGAACGCUGAUAGGAACCUGAUUCAGCGCUGGACUAUAGACAUGCCUCCAUCGCAGCUCAACAAACUGCUGGAGCUCCUCACCAUCUGCAUAUCCUGCUUCGAGUACAGGGGUAAGCAGAGCAGUGACAAAGUGAGCACCCAGGCCUUGCAGAAAUCCCAGCAGGCAAAGCUGCAGCUGGAGCAAGCCCUGCUGAGAGGAAUGGGAGCCCGCGGGGAAAUGAUGAAACGAGUUGGAGGAACGGAUAAGACCAUUGGUCAGAGGGAGAACCUUCGCUGGAGGAAAGAUCUCACUCAGUGGAGACAGACCAAUGACAAACAGGAUAAGACCAAAGCAGAGUUGGAUCAGGAGGCUGUGAUCAGUGGGAACUUAACCACAGAGACAAGCCUGAUAGUGCUGGACCUGCUGGAGACCAUCGUACAGGCGGUGCCGUUGGCCGACUGUAAGGACAGCGUUGUUGGCGGGGUGCUGAAGGUGUUACUCCACUCUCUCACCUGCAACCAGAGCACCACUUUCCUCUCUCACACCUUCAGCACGCUCAGAGCGCUUGUCGUCAAGUUUGGAGACCUGUUGUUUGAGGAGGAGGCGGAGCAGUGUGCAGACCUGUGCCAGAAGGUACUUCAGUACUGCAGCAGUCCCGUUGAUGAGAACAGAAGCCAGGCCUGCGCCACCCUCUAUCUCAUCAUGAGAUACAGCUACAGUAACGCCAGUAACUUCUCGAGAGUGAAGAUGCAGGUCACCAUGUCCUUGGCCUCGCUGGUGGGGAAGUCAUCAGACUUCCAGGAGGAAUACUUGAGACGCUCGCUCCGCACAAUCCUGGCCUACGCAGAGGAAGACACCGAGAUGCAGAACACUCAGCUGCCCUCACAGGUGGACGAACUUCUUAGAAACCUCAACAGCAUUCUGUCCGACACGGUGAAGAUGAGGGAGUUUCAGGAAGAUCCCGAGAUGCUCAUGGACCUCAUGUACAGGAUAGCAAAGGGCUACCAGACGUCUCCUGACCUCCGUCUGACCUGGCUGCAAAACAUGGCAGAGAAGCACAACAACAGGAAGUGUUUCACUGAGUCGGCUAUGUGCCUGGUCCACGCGGCUGCCCUGGUGGCAGAGUACCUCAGCAUGCUGGAGGAUCACAAGUACCUGCCCGUUGGCAGCGUCACCUUCCAGAACAUCUCCCCCAACGUGCUGGAGGAGUCUGCAGUGUCAGAUGACAUCCUGUCCCCGGACGAGGACGGAGUGUGCUCUGGACGUUACUUCACAGAGAGCGGCCUGGUGGGACUGCUUGAGCAGGCUGCUGAGCUCUUCAGCAAUGGUGGUCUCUAUGAGGCAGUGAAUGAGGUCUACAAGAUCAUCAUACCGAUCCUGGAGGCACAUAGAGAUUUCAGAAAACUGGCAUCCACUCACGACAAACUCCAGAGAGCCUUUGAUAACAUCAUUCAGAAGGGCCACAAGAGGAUGUUUGGCACCUAUUUCCGGGUGGGUUUUUAUGGGGCCAAGUUUGGCGACCUGGAUGAACGGGAAUUCAUUUACAAGGAGCCUGGGAUCACGCAUCUGCCUGAGAUAUCACACAGGCUGGAGAACUUCUAUGGUCAGUGUUUUGGAGAGGACACAUUGGUGAUGAUCAAGGACUCUACACCAGUGGACAGGAAACAGCUCAACCCCAAUAAGGCGUAUAUCCAGAUCACAUACGUGGAGCCCUUCUUUGAUGACUACGAGAUGAAAGACCGGCUGACGAACUUCGAGAAGAACUUCAACCUGCGUCGCUUCAUGUACACCACGCCGUUCACCAAGAGCGGGCGGCCGCGGGGCGAGCUCAACGAGCAGUACAAGAGGAAGACCAUCCUCACCACCAUGCACGCCUUCCCCUACGUCAAGACCCGCAUCAACGUCAUCCAGAAAGAGGAGUUUGACCUCACCCCUAUCGAGGUGGCCAUAGAGGACAUGCAGAAGAAGACUAGAGAGCUAGCAGUCGCCACGCACAGAGAACAACCUGACGCAAAGAUGCUGCAAAUGGUGCUACAAGGCUCUGUGGGAGCCACUGUUAACCAGGGCCCAUUGGAGGUGGCCCAGGUCUUCCUGAAUGAGAUCCCGGCGGACCCGAAGCUCUACCGUCACCACAAUAAACUACGCCUGUGUUUCAAAGAGUUUAUAAUGAGGUGUGGUGAGGCAGUCGAGAAGAAUAAGCACCUGAUCACAUCAGACCAGAAGGAGUACCAGCAGGAGCUGAAGAAGAACUACAACCGCCUGAGAGAAAGCCUGAGGCCAAUGCUGGAGAGGAAGAUCCCUGAGCUCUAUAAGCCCAUCAUCAGGCCCCGACUGGAGACUAGGGAUUCCUUCAAGCGUCUAAGUUUCCGUAGAGCUCAGGAGGAAAACUCCUGAGAUGCCACAGCUCGAGUGCUGCGGAGAGGAAAGGCAGGCUGUCGCGCGACGGAGAGAGGAGGGGGGGAGAAAGACGAGAGAAGAUGAAAGGGGGAGAAUGACAAGAAAAGGAGCUCCUCUUCUGCACUGGAGCAGCACAUUGCGUCCACAAUGGAGGACUAACAGUUUCUCAGCAAUGCAGGAGUGUAUAACAACGUCUGCUGCUUAUUAGGAGACAAAACAAGAGAGAACGAGCACAUAAAAAUAUGGUUUGAGACUUGCAAGCAAAGUGUAGCUUAUUGAGCAUUUCACUGUAAAAUCUUCAGAUGCUAUGGCUCUGCUGAUGUACUUUUUUUUUUUUUUUUUUAUAGAAGACUUCCUAGUCCUAAUAAUGCUGCAAACAUUUCCUCUGGGUCGGUCAAGGAGCUCUCUUACCGACCUAAGACGUGCAUGUGUGUGCCAAUAACGCUCUUGCCCUUUUGUAUGUAUAUGUAUGUAAAUGUCUGAAUGGAUGUGUGUUUAUUUAGAUCAUGUUUGGAGUAGAAGCUUUUUGGUGCCAUACUGAAGUCACUUUGCACUCAGCGAGGAUAAAUGAUUCUGCUAUGUGCUCUAAAAUUUCAGUCUGGACAUCUAUGCACGACAUGUGCCAGUGAGAGGAGUGUGGGCGGAUUUGUGCACUAGGUACAAUUUCCUGUGUUUAACUCUUACGGCUGUUGUUGUCAUAUUCCUGUCGGACGCACAGUGGCUGUGUAGUUAAUAAAAAGAGGUAAUAUGUGUUUUUCUGUUCACAGGAGGCUUUUCUGAGGCUGCACAUAAAAUCUGCAUUCUGUAUAUAGUAGAGGUAUUAGAUCAGGUAAUUGCAAAUAUGUUUACAGAAGUAUGAAAAACUAUUUUGCAUUUUAUUUUAUGAAAGUGUAUUUUUAGAUAAAUAAUUGUAAUAAUGGUAUUAAUUGGAAAUAUUAUUCAGGAGGUGGGUUUCAGUGACUGAGCAUAUUGAAACAAUCUUUUUGUUUUGUUUUGUGUUGUUUUCUUUCAAUAGUAGCUAGUGAAUAGACCACAUCCUACAAAACACACUGUGCCAAAUUUAGGUCCAUCUUUAUUUACUUGAGAACUGAGGAACAAGAAAUGCAAUAUUUUUAAAAGUCACUCCACACAGCUGUGCUUUGCAAAUCGAAUUAUGCUCACCCCACAUGUCAGAGUACAUUCCGGAAGAUAAAUGUGUCACUGCUUUCAAGUAUUAAAAGUGAUUUCUAUUAGAUGUCCACGAAGCACCUCAUCUCAUUGAUGCAUUGACAUUGCAGCUCGUGCUGCGGCUGACGUUUUACAAGUAGGUAUACAUUUCCACCUGCAUUAUUAAUGCUCCUUUGAAUACUUGUGUCUAGGUACUUGUGUUAUUUAUUAGCUGUUGAGAAAUUUACGAAUGGCUAAAUGAAAUUACGAAACUUUUAUCAAUUGUAGGAAUUAAAAUGUAGGCCUAUUUUUGAAACGGUCAGAACGUCGGUGUUAUAAGAUGUAUUGGUGGCAUGCGGCCUCUGGAGACUGCAUCCAUGUUCAUGUUCCUGUUGAGUUUGUUAAAAGUGGAAUUUUUACUUGUCGUCCAUAAAAUGCUGUUGAAGAACCUGAAUAAAAUGUAAUAUAUACACACAGA